AUGCGGGGGGCGGUGAGCGCGGGGCCCCGCGGGCUGGGGUCGCCGCCGCGGCGAGGCGCCCCCCGCACCAAGCCCAGGGCGGGCCGAGGCCGGAGCGCGGGGACCCCGGUCGCCUUCGCCCGCCCCGCCCGGGGAAGGCCGCGCUCAAGAAGUGGCCCCACGUCUAAGGGCCGGCGAGGAGCGGUGACCACGGCACCUGAGGACAGAGCUCUGCCUUCCAGGGACACGGCCGCCCUCCGGGAGAGGAGGCCCAAGCAGGAGGCGGCAGGGACAGGAAUUGAACUGCGAGCCACGUCCCAGAGCCCGCUGACGUUCGGCGACGUGGCAGUGGAGUUCUCCGGGGAGGAGUGGGCCUGGCUGGACUCGGCCCAGAGGAGCCUGCACCGGAGCGUGAUGCUGGAGAACUACAGGAACCUGGCCUCGCUGGGGCUUUGCAUGUCUAAGCCCGAGAUGAUCUCGUCGUUGGAACAAAGGAAGGAGCCCUGGGCUGUGAAGAGAAAGUCAACCGGAGGCAGGUGCCCAGACUCGCAGACUGCGCUGAAGACCCAGGAGUUGCCUUCAGAGAAGAACUUCAGUGAAGAGGCGCUGUCCCAGGAGGUGCACACGGAGAGACCCGCGGAGCGCGCCAUCCUCGGGGAAGGCUGGGCUUACGCCGCUGUGUGUGAGGGGGCGCCUGGCACGGUGGCCGUCACAGACGUGGCCUCAGGCGUCUCGCAGCAGCCAGACCCCGCUGCGGGGAGUUUCUGUGGGAGCGCGGUGUGGCAGCGCCGCCAUCCGGGGGCAGGAGGACGCUGUGCGUCUGGGCCAGACCUGGUCUCUCUGCUGGAGCGCAGGAAGGCGCCCUGGACCGUGGAUGGAGAGCUGGUCAGAGCCUCAUCCUCAGGCCAGCAGUCUAUACAGGAGACCCAGGAGUUACUUCAAAAGCACAGUUGCUUUGCUGAAGUGGUGACGGACAGAACUUUGGACACUAAUGUCGAGCGUUCCAUGCUCAGUGGAAGCUGGGACGCUGAGGGUCUGUUUGAACGGAAACUGGCAGGUCAGGAGACACGGCUCGGGCAGGAGGCAGUCGCUUGCCACAAAACCCUCUCGGAGGGGAGAGAUUGUCCGUAUCACAGACCAGGAAGGUGGUUCCACCUGGACGUCUCAGAAGAGCGGGUCCACCGCCGUGACUCGGUUAAGAAAGCUUUGCCGCCAAACUCAGUGCUGAUAAAACAUGCGGGAAUCUACACAGGGAAAAAACUCUUCAAAUGUCAUGAAUGCAAGAAAACCUUUACACAGAGCUCGUCCCUCACCGUCCACCAGAGGAUCCACACGGGCGAGAAGCCGUACAAGUGUAAGGAAUGCGGCAAGGCCUUCAGCGACGGCUCAUCCUUCGCCCGCCACCAGCGGUGCCACUCGGGCAAGAAGCCCUACGAGUGCCUGGACUGCGGGAAGGCCUUCAUCCAGAACACGUCGCUCGUCCGCCACUGGAGGUACUACCACACCGGGGAAAAGCCCUUCGACUGCCUGGACUGCGGGAAAGCCUUCAGCGACCACAUCGGGCUGAACCAGCACCGGCGGAUCCAUACCGGCGAGAAGCCCUACAAGUGCGAGGCCUGCGGCAAGUCCUUCCGCUACGGCUCGUCGCUGACCGUGCACCAGCGCAUCCACACCGGUGAGAAGCCCUACGCCUGCGAGGUGUGCCGCAAGGCCUUCAGCCACCACGCCUCCCUCACCCAGCACCAGCGCGUGCACUCGGGGGAGAAGCCCUUCCAGUGCAAGGAGUGCGGGAAGGCCUUCAGGCAGAACAUCCACCUGGCCAGCCACCUGCGGAUCCACACCGGGGAGAAGCCCUUCGAGUGCGCGGACUGCGGCAAGGCCUUCAGCAUCAGCUCGCAGCUGGCCACCCACCAGCGGAUCCACACGGGGGAGAAGCCCUACGCCUGCAAGGUGUGCAGCAAGGCCUUCACCCAGAAGGCGCACCUGGCGCAGCAUCAGAAGACCCACACGGGGGAGAAGCCCUAUGAGUGCAAGGAGUGCGGCAAGGCCUUCAGCCAGACCACGCACCUGGUCCAGCACCAGCGCGUCCACACCGGGGAGAAGCCCUACAAGUGCCUGCAGUGUGGGAAGGCCUUCGGCGACAACUCGUCCUGCACCCAGCACCAGAGGCUUCACACGGGCCAGCGGCCCUACGGCUGCACGGAGUGUGGGAAGGCCUUCAAGACCAAGUCGUCCCUCAUCUGCCACCGCAGGAGCCACACGGGCGAGAAGCCCUACGAGUGCGGUGCCUGCGGCAAGGCCUUCAGCCACCGGCAGUCCCUGAGCGUCCACCAGAGGAUCCACUCCGGGAAGAAGCCCUACGAGUGCAAGGAGUGCCGGAAGACCUUCAUCCAGAUCGGCCACCUCAACCAGCACAAGAGGGUGCACUCGGGGGAGAGGCCGCACGGCCCCAGGAGGAGCCGCAGAGCCUUCCGGCAGGGCCCGCACUGUGCACACGCGCGGACGCUCCCGGGAGAGGCGCCCGCGCAGCCCACGCCCGCGGCGAGCCCCCCGGACCUCGUGCCCACGUUCCUCUGGAGUCCGCCCUCACUGCCGUCCCUGCCGUCCUGA